GUGUUCCUGAUGGGAGAAGUGAAGUAAGGUGGACCGGAAGAAGCGACCAAGGGACCAUCACCAUCCUCAUGUCCAAUGGAGGAACUUUUUUUGGACACACUGAGCGUGUCCACCAGGCGCCGCACUAUGACCAGGUUCCCACAGACACUUUAUCCCAUUCGGACUCCUACGACCUGCAGCUUUUGAGAGAGCAGGGAGCGCCUCAUCUGGCUAGGAGCGCAGACCCUCUUCCUGCUCCGCCUCUGCCGGACCAUCCUCCUGUUGGCCCAGAUUUCGAUCGCAGCGGCAGUGAGGGCGACGCCAGUCCAGAAUUGGACCCUGCCAUUGACAUUAAACCAGUUCACCGCUUCAUCCCCAAUUCCUGGAAGAGCUUCUUCAGAGGAAGUGACCGCAGCAGCAAGAAGGCGUGGUCCAUUCCUGCAUCCUCAUCCAACAACAACAACAACAGCACAACCCAAGGUGUGCGCUGUUCCCCCCCACAAUCCCCUUCUCUUCCUGGAUCGUACCGGGACCCACAUGGUGGCUCGGGCAGCAGCUACAAUUCCCGUAAGGAGCUUCUAGGUGGACAGGAUGGGUCCUUGUCAGGGCACACGCACCACACAGGUCUGACCUACAGCGAGCGGGUGGAGGAGUACCACCAGCGCUAUGGCUACAUGAAGUCGUGGGCGGGGCUUUUGAGGAUCCUGGGCUGUGUGGAGCUGCUGCUGGGAGCUGGUGUGUUUGCAUGUGUCUGUGCUUACAUCCACAAAGACAAUGAGUGGUUCAACAUGUUCGGAUACUCGUCCCCCGGAGGGUCUUUUGGAUCUGGGUACUAUGGCGCUGGAAUGGACGGUACCUACUACACUGGCCCUAAGACCCCGUUUGUGUUGGUGGUGGCAGGUCUGGCCUGGCUGGUAACUGUGAUUCUGCUGGUCCUGGGGAUGACCAUGUACUACCGCACUAUCCUGAUGGAUUCCAACUGGUGGCCCCUGACAGAGUUCAUUAUAAACCUGGUCCUGGCGGUGCUCUACAUGACAGCAGCUAUCGUCUACGUUCGAGACACCAAUCGUGGAGGGCUCUGUUUCUACCCGUACUUCAACAACGGCAUCAACGGUAUGUUCUGCCGCGUGGAGGCGGGUCAGAUUGCAGCCAUGGUCUUUCUUUUCGUCACCAUGGUCGUGUAUCUGAUCGGAGCCAUCGUGUGCCUCAAGCUGUGGAGGCACGAAGCUGCACGCAGGUACCGGGAGAGGUACGGUCGACAGCCGUCUGAGAUGCAACCUGUGGUGGUGACAGAUUCUGCUCCAACUCCUAGAAAUCCAGAGCAGGUCCAGGGUUCCUCUGUGGUUCCUAUCCGAGCUCCACCAAAAGCUGUUCCCACAAAGGUUGUGCAGGGAGCAAUACCGUCAGGAUACAUCCCCAAACCGGUCAUCGUCCCCGAUUACAUCGGAAAAUACCCAGUGAUCCAUUCGGACGAGGAGCGGGACCAGUACCGAGCGGUGUUCAACGACCAGUACGCAGAGUACAAAGAGCUGCACUCGGAGGUCCAGGCCACCCUGAGGAAGUUUGAGGAGAUGGACGACAUGAUGCGUGGCCUGCCUCAGCACCCCACCACCCAAACGGAGGUGGAGCGCAUCAACAGAAUCCUGCAGGAGUACCAGAAGAAAAGAAACGACCCGACCUUCCUGGAGAAGAAGGAGCGAUGCGAGUAUCUGAAAAAUAAACUGUCCCACAUCAAACAGAAGAUCCACGAGUAUGACAAAGUCAUGGAGUGGAAGGAUGGCAGCAGCUGAAGCUUUCCACAGGAAGUUCAUCAUAACCACAAAGUGCUGCGUCACACACGCCUUAAUCUUUCCAGCCGUGUGUGUUAG